AAACCAAUCCUAAUUGUAAGAGUUUGUUAGUCAAAAAUCAAAGUAUAGUGGCUAACUUGUCAGAGUCUUAAAAUAAAGGGACCGGAUUGGAUAAUCCUAAUUCCUAAUUGUACCAUUCCAACCGAGUCAAACGCACAAACGACUUUUUCCCCGCGAGACUCCCGCUCCAAUUUCAAUCUCCUCCGCCGGUCGACGCACCGCCGUCCUUCAGAUUUUGCACAUAGGUUAGUUUCAGAGUGCUUUCGAGUAUCAAAUACUGGCUUGUUAUCUGUCUAAUUUCGUACCUGCCCUUUGCAAUCCGUGUUUCUUGUUUGUUUUCUCUUCUCCGCUCGAGCUUGAACUGUUUUGGAGUUUCGGCCGGCGGGUCUGCAUUUACAGUCGCGUAUUGUUAUGAAAGAUUCUAACUUUUAAGUGUAUUAGCUGCGGUUGUGUUUGGGUUUCCCCUGUCUUCGCAUUAUCUCUCUCUCCCCACCUCCUUCUCUUUGUGGAAUGAACAGUAUCCAGAAACCCUUAUUUGAUAGAGUGUGAUGAACAGUUAUCGAUAAAUUGGUCAGGGAAGGAGGUGGGAUAGGGAUGUUCUGCUUGCGGUAGACAUUUGUUAAGUCUGUUAUUCUGGGUGGAGUUUCCCCCAAUUUUGCUCUUCUAGUGCAUGGACUCAUUGGGUUGUUGUUUCUGGUUUGAUUCAUGUUUUCACAGGGAGUCUCGUUAGGCUAAACAAUCUUGCCUGAAGAUGAAGCCACUGCCAUCAACCUCCUCCAAGACGCCUGUCAAAUUUAGAAUGCCGACGUCUGAGAACUUGGUACCCAUUCGUUUGGAUAUUGAAGUCGGCGGGCAGCGCUUCAAAGAUGCAUUCACCUGGAAUAUAUCUGAUCCAGAUUCUGAAGUAAGUGUUUUCGCUAAACGAACACAGAAAGAUUUGAAGCUUCCACUUGCGUUUGCUACGCAGAUUGCCCAGUCUAUUCAGGCGCAACUGACAGAGUUUCGAUCAUAUCAAGGCCAAGAAUGCUCGCUGGGGAGAAAAUGGUCCCAAUCAAGCUGUUAUUUUGCAAUGAUUUGGGCAUUGAAGACCCUGAAGUGGGGCCUGCACCGCCUUUGCAAUCAGAGAACAACUUUAUGAGGUUAAUCUAUAAUCUUCGUUGAAACUAUGUGCACAGCUUAGCCUACUUGAAUACUCUUUUAUAGUUUGGACUCUGCAGGCAUAUGUUUUCUUUUUCUUCUUUAAUCCUUUCUUGCUGUUUCGCCUGCUAGAUUGCUAUUCAAAGUGUAGCAACAGCAAGGGAAAGUCGAAAUGCCAAAAAGGGUCGCCGUGGCGAAUAUUCUUCCAUUUCCAGGUUAGUCUUCGUUACUCUAUUCUGAUAUGUUCCUAAACCUCGUUUCAGGGUUUAUGCAAAACAGGUUUAUAGUAGAAUUUAAAUGGUAUGGAACUUUGAAUGACUUGUACUGCUAAUGCAAUAGUGCUCAUAUAGUAGGUCAGCUGGUGCUGCACUGGACUUGAUGAAGUUAUUCAGCAACAGAUAUAGCGUUGUCCUGUUAGUUUUCUAGACUUCAUGUGUUUGACGUUAAUUUUUUAAGCAUCAAAGAAUGUGUAUGCUAGGAAGUUUUCUGUGUUCUGGUAAUUAUGCUUCAGGAAAAUUAAAGAUUUUACAAACUCAACCUGUUCCAGUAUGACUGAAGGAUUCAUUCAUAUUUUAGAGAAGAGGGGAAUGUUAAUUGUCUCUUAAUUUCUAUUGUUGAACCGAAUGCUUGUACACUCAUAAGGCUGAUACACAUGACUGAACUAUGAGAAAGAGUUACUGCUUAUGUUUGGAGUUCAUAAGAUUGGGAACAGCGGACUUUAGAUGAGUAAAAUUUUGAAUUUGAUAGUCCAUGGAUUGUGUAAAUAUUGUGGGUUGGUUAAGACGGGCUGGUUGAAUAGAGAAGAUAAGUUUUAUCAGGGGUCUUGCCACUCCCAAUAAUUCAACAUGUGUUGGUUAUUACGCAAAGGCGGUCACUGUUGAUGUUAUCAGUCACCAGAAUUGAAAAAAGAAGAAGAAUAAAAGCGGAUGGAAGUU